AUGCCCGUUCCAUGGGAAGCAUUACUUCCGUUCGCCCUCACUACAGUCAUGAUCAGUGCGGCAGGCACACUGUUUUCAGCCUCCCAACGUUUCCAGAACCUCGGCAAACCUCCACGAUACGGUAUUGAUAGCUGGGAUGAGAUGAUGAUGAAACGGGACAAAGUCUUGACCGGCCAUAUCCGGGGUCAGUCGGACAAUCCUAUAUCCCCUUCAAUAGAUGAUCUUCGACGGAACCUUGGUGUUUGACCGUUGUCACUUUCUAUCGUGACCGAGCAGAGAACUUGACACUCUUCGACUAGAUGUC